AUGUCGCAAUCCGUGGCUCAGCCUCCCGCUAUGGGACCAGGUACUCUUGACGGCGGUGGAAUCCCAAUAGCCACUGGGGAGCAGAACUCAGGUCAAAAGGUCGCUCCGAUCAAGAAACGCCAACGUGGUAGAAGGCGCCAGCACAAGAAUCAGGAUUCAGUAACAGUGGAAUUCGAGAGUUCAGUAACAUCAAAUGCGCUACAAGCCCAUGAGGCAUUUAUUGACGGCGAUCCCCCUACAACGGCCGGGACUGCAGACACCAAAGAGGACGAUGCUAUACGGCCGAAGGCACGAAAUGCGCGUCCUUCAAAACUAGAGCGUGCUAGGCGAAAUGGAGCGAAAGCAUCUCCGCCCGUAACAACUUCUUUGGCGUCAGCAGAAGUUGCAACAGUGAAGCUUCCACACCAGGCGCCUUCUUGGAAAACGUCAUGGAUGUUCCGGGAGACCGCCGAGCUGCCCGUUCGCACAAUAAAGGCAACAACACUGGAGCCAGAUGGCACCAAGGUGUCGUCUGAGCGUGGCUUCGAGACCUUGUGUAGCUACAACUGGCAGUGUGAUGGAUCCAUCUAUGUACCUGGUGCACCUCCGAGGUGGAACCCUCCACCACUGCCGGCCACUCUGGCUCAGGACUCAGGGAGACACUUCGUCGAUCAGAACGCAUCUCGCGUGCCCAAGUAUCCUUUCGAGCCAGCCUUCGCUGCCCUUGCUGUGAUGGGUCCCGACGUCGUGCUAGAUCAAGUCGACAUCAUCGCCAACCGCAACAGUCUUCGCAAGCUACUCGAUUUUUCGGCUGGGAGGAAACUGGACAUUUUCUGCAUGGGCUUACACAUGGUCGGCAAUACGCUCGUCAUUAGCCGUAAAGAACGGAACGCUCAGCAAAUGAUCCAUGGUGCACCGAACGCGGGCUACGGACAUAACUUCGAGAAGACCUUCACGAUGCCUGAUCAUGGAAUGGGGAACUCUAGCAGUCAUCACAGAGUCAUUCGGUACCAUAUCGGCCCUUUGAACUGCGUUGUCCGUUUUGAAGUCGAUGCGUAUUACGAUGACCCGGAUGUCGGCCUGGACUCGAAGUCUGAACAGCCUAGGGAUGAGCCCGUUGGCACCGUGAGCGCUGCUAUGGCACAACUGAAUAUUGCAGGCCUGCCACCAACUCAAACUAAACCUCGAAAGACUCCCGUCGAUAAGUCUACCGUAGUUGUUGAAAAGGGAAUCUUCAUCGACCCGUCCAAGCUCGCUGAGAUCAAAGCCAAGAAGGUCGCACGUCUUACAGAAGCACUACCGCAGCUUUGGUUCGGCCGUACGCCCUACUUUAUGAACGGCAACCAUGACAAGGGUACGGUGCACUCGGUGAGUAUCAGUCAUGCUGAAAAGGACUACCCCCGAUGGGAGGAAGCCAAUCAAGACAGGCUGCGCAAGAUGGUGAGUUUGCUGGCCGAACUAAGGGAGGUCGUCGCACGUACGAAGAAGCGCGCAGCCGUGAUAGUCUACGAUGAGAAAGGCGGGCCAUUGAAGGUAUAUGCAAUGAAGAGGAACGGCGGUGUUCUGCCAGCGGACCUCAUCUCAAGACACUGGAGUACUGCAUAG